UUUCCGGCGGAAAACAUAAGUGCAGUUGGCGAAAACGCACAUCAAUGCCGCCGUACGCAUUAUUUGCUCGGCCGUUUUUCCGUUAACGUUUUUACCCAAUAAAAAUCCUACAACAUAUACUCGCAUACAAAAACGAACGCGUAUCCGUUUCCCGUUUGUGUAUGGGUUUCAUCACCUUUUACCACGCCGUUCGUCGAGAAACUUUGUAAAGUUGUUCCGCGUUAACCGGACGGAUUAUGGGUAUUGUAAUCCACCGUCCCCCAUUGAACACCGUUGCUCGAAAUUCGGCUUUCGGCACAUAAAAAUCGAACGGUUUUUGUUGAUCUACGUGCACCAACCACCGCGGUACCCGACACCGAUGAAACACGAAAUAAACACACCGUCGGGCACUGAUUUUUGUAAUGUAUUCCCGGUGUCUACGGUGGUAACGGCCACGAUAAUUUAUGGAGUUUAUUCAGAAACUUGUUUCACUGCACAAAGCCAGCCGGGUGGGGCAGUCGGUAAUAAAUAUAACUGACGAAAAACCAUGUCCCGAGAUUUUUAUUUCGAAGUUAAAACGGCAGCACGCGUACUGCACACGGUUCGAUUUGUUGUCAAUCGCUUUGAAAGAGGCCACAAUGAAAAUGUUUACACUGAAGUUCACAUUACGGGGCCAAACGACAAAUUUACAAUCAAAACAUUUUAAAUUGACAUGUGUAAUUGUUUAUUUUGACUUAAAUAUAAUAUACAAAUAAUUAUGAACAUAUAUGAUGUAUAUUUUUUUUGUUUCAAAAUUAUAAUUUUUUUAUAUCAAGAAAUUAUACAUAGGAAUAACAAAAAAAAAAAAAAAGUUUAACAAUACAAAUUUGCUAUAAUAUAAUAAUUUUUUUUAUUAACAAUGUUAUUUAAAUAUAUUUCGUAUAUGUGUAAAUAAUUGUUACAUAAUGUGUGUGAUAAACAUUAUUUCCUUUAUUGUAUUGCCAAUACAUAUAGUAUACAAUAUUGUAUACUACAUUCAAAUGCAUUUUGAGAUUUGAAUAGAAAAAAAAAAAACAUAGGAUUUAUCUUUAGUUAUGCACAAUAUAUAUAUAUUAUUAUAUACAGGAUAAGAAAAAUAAAACUAGUAUUAUUCGAGUGUCUUCUAACUUUUACAUUUUUACACAUUUUAUGUACAAGAAAAAUCAAUAUAUAUAUAUAUAUAUAGUAACCAGUAGAUUAAAAAUAACUUUUACUUUUUUUUUUUUUUUAAAAAAAAUAGUAAUAAUAACAAAAACAAACACUGAAGUCUGGAUGUUUUCUGAAGUUAGGAACCGACCGUGAAAAUCGGAGUACAAACAUUGUUACUACAACAACAGGCGCUUCAGUAGAGCCUAUAAACUUAGAAAUUUAAAAAAAAUUACAAGUAGUCUUACCAAUGACAAGCGCAAAACACAAAUCCUAUUGUACGAAUCGCGGGACAUUAAAAUAUUAUUACUUUAUAGUGAUGGAUAGUUAUAAUUCUUUGGAAAAUAAUUACAUUGAAAUACAAUGUCACAAAAUAUAAUUAGAGAAAGCUAAUCAGGUGGAGGAUAAAAAAAAAAUAACUAAUGGGAAAAAUAAAUUGGUUAGAAGUAAGAUAUUGGAAUCCUUUUUUUUUUUUCAACCCAAAGAUUGGUUUAUAAAAUUUUAUUCACAACAAAUGCCUUAUCUAUGUUUCCUAGUCGUUUUGUAAUACCUUAGAGUUCCAUGUAAGAAAUGACUGCUGCAUUUUCCGCUCUUAGCUAAUAUAUAUCAUUCCAAGUCUUCCUCUUGAACUUGUUCUUUCAAUAAAUAAUCAGUGUAAUUUUUCUCCAUGUCUUAUUUUUAUUUUAGAGUACCUAUUAGUUUUUGUUUCUCUUUAAUCUUUAAUAAAAUGUUUUCUUUUAAGUCAGACGUAUUUUUUACAUCAUUAUCCAAAACCACAUUUCUAGAACCUCUAAUAGAUUCUUUUAUUUUUUAUUUAUAUUCAGUGUCUUGCAUUCACACAAUGCUACAUUCCAAACAUACGUUUUUAUAAACUAUUUUUUAGUGUUUGAGAGUACAAUAGAAUCAAAGAACAGUUAGACUAUGACGAAUACAGUUUUUGGAAAAAACAAAGGAUUAUCGGAAAAUAGUUAUGAUGAUAACGACCAAAGGUCUGUAUAACAGAAAACAGAAACCCACAUUACAUUUUCCUGUUGUAAAAUUCAUCAAAUAAUGUGUUAAAGGUAAAGUCGACAUAAAUUUUUCUAAACAAAACUUUGACGAGUCAUCUCAUAUCGGAUGUACACAGGGACAACAGGUGAGAGGAGAUAUCCUGGUGCAUGAUGUUUGCAGAUGACGUAAGCAAAGAUCUGUAAUAAAUUAACAAUAGACUUGAGAAAUGGAAUACACUUGAAAGAAAUGGAAAAGGAUAAGUAGAAGUAAAACAGAAAGAGUUCGCAGGAAUAAGAAAUCAGGGAGCCGUAACAAUAAGAAGAAUCUAAGUAUCAAUGAUGCGAUACAUGGAUGAUAUAGUGUUGUUAGCUACAUCUGAAUAAAAUACAAAAAACGGCACUUUAUUGAAACGGAUAAGUACUGGUAUGCAGAAAACAGAAUAUUUAGGAAGCGUAAUAAAGGCAAUUCAACUUAAAAGUAAACUAAUAUCAAAAAAAAAUGUAUAUAAGGAACAAAGAAAUGUCUAAUUAAAACAUAUAUUUGGAGUAAAAUAUUAUAUGGCAGCAACGGGGAUGGCUAAACAAAAGAUGAAAAUACUUCAGAAGAAAUUAAAAUGGACUGCUAGAAUUAGUAAAAUGAAAUGUUGCUAAGUAAUUUGAGUCAAAAGUUACGCUAUAUGCUGAGACACAACGAAAAACUCUAUAGCUUUAUACUGUAAGGUGAGGAAGGCAAAAAACGUAUUACAUAAGUCAACAAAUUAAAGAUGCAAGAGCCGAUUCAUAUAAACAAUUCAAGGAUAAGACACAUGCAAAAGAAUCACAGAGAGAACAUUUAUUGUGAACCAAUCUAUGGAUUGAAUAGUAACAAAAAAAAGAAUUAUGUUUAUAAUUUUGUAUGAAAUAGUUUCAUGAAAAUUAUUUUCAUUCAGUUCAAUUUUAACGUUUUCAGAUUCAAGUAUAUUAUUUUCCAUAGUAUUUAAUACUCGGAGUUAUGGUUUACAAAAUAUGCGAAUUUUUGUCAUUUUUUUUUUUUUUAUGUAAUUAAGUAUGCACACUCUCAUGGUGAUAACUAUUCGUAGGCGGUUCUAACAUUUUCAGCAUCUAAUACACCUAACCACCAUCGUUUUAAAAUUUAUUAUUGGAAAAAUAGAAGGUAAUAUAUUUUUGUAUACUAAUUCAAACUUACAUACACAUAAUUCACGAAGAAAAAAAUUAUAUAAUAUAUACAAAAAACCAUCAAAUAUAUGACAGGUAAAGACAAAUGACAAAUUAAAAAAAAAAAAAAAACUUAACAAUUUUAGUCCUUUGUAUAUUUUUCAAGAAUUAAUCAAAUAUUUAUAUUUUAAUUAUUUUUCAUUUAGGAUUUGCUAAUGAAGGGAUAUUUUAUUAAUUACAAAUGAAACCAUUUUUAUUAAAAAAAAAAAAAAAAAAAUUUUAUAAAAUAAAAGUAAAACUGAAAAUGCAUUUAAACUCAGUUUACUUUUUUUAAAAAAAGAAUAAAAUCAGUUAUUUAAGUACAGAGUAUGUCAAAUAAUGUAAGAAAAAAAAAAAAAAAAAAAAAAACAUUCCUUAAUUUAUUAAAAAUGAUAAUGAAUAAAAUAUAUUCUCUCAUAUAUAUGAGAAAAAAAAAAAAAUUAAAAUAUUGUAUUCAAUUCAAUUUAUUGCAGAGCAUUAAAAACUAUCUUAAUACCUAUUGACCAAGUAUUUUCAAAAUAAUAGUAUCAAUUACUAAUUUAUUACCUAAAUAAUACAAUUAGAAAAAAAUAAAAUCAAUAAAACUUUUUUUUUAUUUUACCCGAAAAUUAACUAUUAAAACGUGCUGUAAUAAAAUGCUGAAAUUGUCAGACUAGAAUAUUUUCUUUAAACUGUUAAUGAAUGCAUGUUGGCAAUAAUAAAUGUUAUAGAACUAUAUGAAUCUAUUCAUAAGUUUUUUUUUUUACAAAUGAUAUUAACUUUUUACAUGUGUAAUUUUAUUUUUAUCUUCAAUUAUAAUAGUAAAUAUUAAAUACUAAAUAAUAUACAAUAUAUUUUACAAAACAUUUUUGAAAUACAAAAAUUUAAACUUAAAGAUGAAAAUAUUUAACGUGGUUUGGACCAAUAACGACGAUUAUUAUUAUUAUUAUACCUGUUUUUCUUAUAUCCUCCAUUAUUGCCAUUAGUACCGCUGUGUCGAUAUCCAUUGCUGUUGUACGACCUAUAAUUAUUUUUGGAUCUACUCAUCCAGGUGAUUUUAUUUCGUCCCAUUUUACCAUUAAAUUGAUUUAACUGAUUGUGUAAAGUUUGUAAAGCAGACGAACCACUAUUUCCAUUUGUAUGUUGAUUUUUAUUAUCAAAUUUCUUCUUUUUUACCUGCAACAGAUACCAUAUCAAGAAUAAAUUUGUUGUCUGUUAGGUAAAAUAAAGUAGCAACAAUCUCUAAAUAAAAAUAAAGCUUAUGUUAAAAUAUUUAAAUAAUUUAAAGCAACUAACCAGCGCUCACUUUUUAUUAGCUCGACCAUAGAUGAUAAAAUAAUUUAUUAAUUAUUAUAAUUGUAAUAAUAAAAUAAAGUUGUGUUUAAUUCUAUUAUUAAAAUACUUACAACUCCUCUGUCAAAAUCUUCAUUAUAUUCAUCAUCAAUAGAGCGCUUUAUUCCAUUAUUUUUAUCUUUUUCAACUUCUCGAUCCACAAAGCUUUUUUCACCAUUCCAAGUUUUCACUAAAAAUUAAAUAAUAAUAAAAUAUUUAUUAAUACAAUUCUUUAAUAAUCAUUGAAUUUUCUGAAAAUUAUUUACCAUUUUUCAGACUAAACAUUAUUUGAUUAAUAUAUGUUUAAAUAGAAAUUUGUAAGUCAUUCAGAUGUGUGGAAAUAUAAUCAACAGCAUCAUAUUAUAAUGCUGAUAGAACUUUUAAAACUUUUAUCACAUUAUGGAUAUGAAAAAUCAAUAUUUUAAGAUUAUAUUUAAUGUUGUUCAAAUUUAGGAGAUAUUCUUAUUCAAAAAUUCUACAAAUUUGUUUAGUAUUAGAGUCAAGAGCAAGUUUUAUAACUACACUUAAUGAAUGCCAAUUUUUUUUAAACCACAUUUAGAAAUCAAACAUAAAUGUGAUUUUUGAAUAGGCCUUGCCGUGGCCAUAUUGUGUUGAAUGACAGUAUUUUCGCUGAGCGGAUCCAGGGCCACCCGAAGAAGGUGAUCAUUGAGUACGUUAAGGCGCUUAAAAAAAGUUGUAGUGAAGUCGAUCUGAAGAUAUAAUAAGCAUAUUUUGUUAUGCAUGUGGAAUUCACUGGUUCAAAAAGUUCACACUUUUCAUAAGCGCCUAUAAAUACAUACUUGAUAAUGUAAGGUUCAGCCCCAAACCCUAAAACUCAAAAUUAUUUAUAUUUUUAAGGAACGAAUAUUUACGAUACUAAAGUAUCAAUAAACUAAAGCCAAAACUGGGAAGUUUAGUUAAAUUUAGUGUUAUAAAAAAUGUUAUAUUAAUCUAGUUUAUAAAUAUAAAAUGAUCCAUUUAAGUGUCUUUUAAAAGAAUAGAAUACUAGAUAGUUUGAUAAGUAUUGAAUAUUUUAAAAUUUUAGAUACACUCUUUAAAAUUGUAUACAUUUAAAUUUGUUCACCCUUAAUUUUGGGAAUGAACCUGUUGAUGAGAUAUUUCACUUUUAAGUUUGGGUAGCUGAGAGUAGUUGAACACAGUUGUACCACCACACAGAUGAUGCUUCACUACUCUUCCCCUAGUCAAACUUAUUAGUUUAAUUUUUUUCAACCGGUUGACCAAACUUGUAUUUAAACUAAAAAAAACAUCAUCCAUUUAAAGAAUUUUCAGUGUAGGUUGCUACUUGAAAAUCUAAAGAAGAUAAUGGUUUCACCUAAAAAUAAGGGCGACAAAGAAUUACAGUAAAAUAUUAUUUUAAAGCUGCUUAUUUUUGUAAAUAAUUAAGAUAAUAAAAAAAUAUUUUUCAACACAUCAAAUGUAGACACUUAAAUAUAUAAAAAUAAUAGUUAAAUAUCAUACCAGGGCCAGUAAAGAAAUUUUACCACAUUUACAAAUUUGUAUGUUAAAAAGUACAAAUAAUAAAUCAAUUCAACCCCAAUAUCCAACAAAAUAAUAAUUAAUUUCCUAUUAUUUAUUUAUUGUAAUGGGUCAAAUAUAAUAUUUUAGAGACAAUUAAUUUGUAGUCAUUGAGUAAAAUAACAACUUUUAAAAUAUAUUUUGUCAUAUAAAAAUGUGUGUACAUUAUAUUAAAAUAAUUUACGGUUAAUUUAUGUUUCAGAUAGGAGCGAAAAACAAUAUUACAUGAUAUCAUGUAAUUACUCAAAUGAACUAAAUUGAAAUCAUUUACAUAAAUGAUAUAUAGUUAAAAAUUAACUGUGCAGUUAACUAGUUAAAAUUUAUAAAAUUUGAUUUACUUAAAAAUCAAAUAAAACUUAAAUACUUCAGAGGUGGGUGGUGAUAACAUGAUUGUCAUCAAUAUAAAUCAGAUUAGUAUUUGAUAAAUUUCUCAUCAUAAGUUAUUUGUAUUUAAUAUAAAUAAAUUACAUAACCAAGAGGAUUUUUCAUAAUAGUCAAAAAAUUAGUAGAUAUUUUAUUCCUGGGUAUUUGUGAUAGAAAGCAAAUGGAGGGAAUACUGUUGUCACAAUUACUUUUAUUACUUAUAAUAAGAUCUUUAUUUGUCCCAUUCAUAGUAAUAUAAACACAGGUGUGUCAUAGACUUAUACAUAGGGUUUUAAAAAAAUAGUUCAUUUGUUAUUCUUAGUUUUUAAGUAAUGAUUACAUAUCCAACAUAAAUGUAUGCAUAGUCAUAUGGAUAUACAGUGUUUUUCCGUGUUCGAUGGAUUUUUCUAGCGCUGUAAAUAUUAUAUUUUCUAUGAUUCUUUUCUUUUUCAAUUGGUUUGUCUUCGAGGGGGAUAUCGGUAUGGGGAAAAAUUAAAUUUUUAUAUACAUCCCCUAAACACAAAAAAAAUAAUAACUAUAUUUAUUUUAGUACAUUUUCAAAAUAGCUAUUUUGUUAAAAAUAUUAUUUUUACAAUUUUAAUGUAUCAUACAUUCAUAUCUAAUUGUUUUUUAACUAUAGCAGUUUUAAUUUCUACUAAUUAGGUAUGAAAACAAUUAAUAUUCAAUAAAAAGUAAAAAAUUAUCAUACUGAUUGUCAUUCUUUAUCACAUAAUGUGUUAUUUUUAUCAAUAUUAAUUGUUUUUCCGACUAUUUUCUAGGAAUUAAAACGGCUAUAACUAGGAAAUUAUUGUAUAUGAAUGUGUGAUAAAUUCAAAUUUUUUGAAUACAUUUUUUUUUACAAAAUGGCUGUUUUGAAAAUUUCCUGAAGCGAAUAAAUAAAGUUUUUUUUUUGUGUGUUUAGAGGAUGAAAAUAGAAAUUUAAUUGUUCUCUAAAUCAAUGACCUCCUUAAAGACAAACAGAUUGGAAAAAAAAUUAACCUAACCUAACAUAGUGCUAGAAAAGUCGGCGAACACACCAUAUAUAUUGCAAACACUAGUAAAUAAAAAGUUUGAAUCAAAAUAGUUUUCAUUUGAAAUAUUUAUAAAUUAAUAUUUUCUUUAAAAAUAUCUUAAGAAAUUUCAUUAAUCAUUUAGUCGGGAAGUUAAAGGAGACAUAUUAUAAUCAAAUUUACAAGGUUAUCAUAAAAUAAUCUCUAAACAAUUUUAUAUAAAACCUUUAUUGUAUUUUUAAAGACUUUUCUAAUGAUACUUCACAAUGUACGAAACAAACAAAUUUUUGUCUGGCAUUGCACGUUCAUGCGACAUUAAUAGAGUUCUCAAUAAGUCAAACCAUGAUUAAUAAUCUUACAAUAAUCAAGUAGUGUAAUUAUUAAUACUAAUGUUAAAAACUAAUCAUAUCAACAAACUUAUCACCAACACUAUGAAACUUGCUCUAAUUAUUUUGAACAACUCAUACAAUCAAAAAUACACAAAUUUCAGUCAGAACAAAACAGAAUACUCCUUCAAGAGAACUAACCGGCACAACUGAUUAGGUCACAAUAGAAGUCUGAAUUUUUUGAAAAUAAAAAAAUAAUUUAGUAAGUACCAAACUUAAACUUAACUAAUAAAUAUCAGUGAACUUAUAAUGAAUAGAAGUUUACACUUAUAAACUUUAUAGUUUUAAUAUUUUAAAUAGACUUUGACGAUGUGAAAAAACAAUACCAAGGACUAAAUGUUACCAAGAACGAAAAAUCCAUUUAUAAUAUUAUAAAUAUACUUCUUCAGAGGUGGGUGGUGAUAAUAAAAUUGUCAUCAACAGUUAUCAGUUAUAAUAAAAUAAAUACAUUUUUCAUCACAAGAAGCUUACAUUUUAAUAAUGUGAAAUUAUGACCCAAAUAAAUGACUCUCAUGAAGAUUAUCAUUACCAUAAAUCUAAACUUUUAAUAAAUAAAUAAAAUAAUGUACAUAAAAUGCUUAACAUUAUUGAUAUGCUGUAAGAACAAAAUAUUGACCACAUAGAAGUCAAUUUAGAUUGGAUUAGAUAAUUAGUAUCAUAUAAAAAUAUAAUGAGAAAAAAAUGUAUUAAUUGUUAUUAUUUUUUUUCUAAUUUAUUUGACUAAAAAAAAACGGCUAUAUUUUAUCGUUCGGUAUGUUGGGCUGUAAACAGAAAAUUAAAACAAAGAUGAGGAUGUUAAGUGGAGUGACAAAAAAAAUAGGAAAGAGAAUGAGUGCAUAAGAGAUAGGUUAGAUGUGGCUUCAAUGGUUAGAUCAGUGGUUUCCAAAAUCACUGAAUUCCAGAAUCACCAGUUGCGAUGAUUCGCUUGUUAAGUAUGAAAUCAUAACUCAUAUGUUUAUGACUCAUCAAUUUUGUUAUUAGUUUUAAUUUUGGGCAAAAAAUUAAAAAAUGACAAAAAAAAGGCACAGUGUCGUCGUGAAAAUGUUGUGAAAAGCAAAGCGUAGUGAUCAAAAUUUUUUUGAAAACCACUGGGUUAAAUAGUUUGGGAAUAGCACGAGGAGAGUGAAAUCAGAAGUAGUAAGAAUUGUAAUGCAAAUAGAUGUAGAAGGAAAGAAGGAGCUAGGAAGACCGAAAAAGUUAGUUAGAUGUGAUUGAGAAUGAUGAUAUGAAGACGAUGUAGAGGAACAAGUGAAAGUUUAGGACUAAGGUAGCCAGCCUUAAAUAGUUGGGAUAAAGGCGAAGGAGAAGGCUUCACUAAAAAAGGAAACAUAUUAUUUAAUAUAAUUUAUUAAGGACAUCUACAAAAAAAAUAUGAAAUAAAUAAAAAUCAAUGAACUGGCCCGGAUAAAAAAUAAAUAGAUUAUAUGUAAUUAAGUUUGAUUAUCUAUUAAUGAUAUAAAUCCUUUUAACAAAAGAUAUAAUUUAAUUUAAAGAAAAAACAAUUCAAUUUUUGUGUUUAUAGAUAAUUGGUUGUAAUAGUUAAAUUAAAAAUUAUAAAUGUAUUGAAAAUAUAGCAGUACUAUAUCCAACUAACUGCCACAGUUAUGGCUUUAGUUCAAAAGCUAUUAUAGUAUGAUUAAUGCAUAUAUGAAAAAAAAUAAUCUAUAUUUACCAUCGCCACCAAAACCCAAAUGUGUUCUUGACUUCAAACUGUCUUUAAAACUGAAUCCAUUAGAUUUACCAUUAAAAUUAGGUUGAAAUUCAUUGGAUAACUUAGGCCUAUAAUAAGUAAUAAUAAUAAAUUACCCAUUUAUUACAACAAAAUCAAAAAAUAUAUAACAACAAAUGACUUACCAGGUUUUGUUUCCAUUUAAGAGUUUAUAAAUAUUUCCAUUUGUUACCUUACCACUAAAAAAAGAAAGUAUUUAAAGUUAAACAGAUUAUUAUAAAAUUGGAUAUAUUAAUUAUUAUAGUGCAUAAAAACUUACCAAAUUUUUUCCUCAAGAGAACUAUUUCCAUUUGUUUUACAAUCGCUUGGUGACUUAAUUCUGUUAAACAAGAAAAUAAUAUUAAACUAUAUAAUGAGUUUAUCAAUGUUGUUCCAUAUGAAUAUGUUUAGUGUCAUAAGUAAUAUUUAUGUUACAGGUAUUAGCGCACACAAAAUACAAUCGACCUUUUUUUUUUAUACUCUCACAAGAUUCACUUAAGAGGUAGAGAUGGCAAAAAAUAUAUCGACAUACCCUUAUUAAUAAACAUAUAUUUAAUUUUUUCACUAUAUCAGUAUGAUAGUGUUAUCACUGUCAAAUGCAACGAGGUGUUUAUGUAUCUGUGUGACUUAAAUAUUUCCAAUUUUAAAUUACUUUGAAUAUGUUUAUAGUAAUUAGUAUUUAAUAAUAGCACUGCAUAAUAUAAUUUGUUUUUGAUAAGUAAUUGCAUUAUUCAAUAAACAUAAUGUGAAAAUUACUCAUACAACAAAAUGGCGGAAAACUUAUUGAUAUAACAAUCAGUCAUCUAGUAGUUUUAUAUAUCUAUGGAUCUAACUAAAUUAAAAAAAAUAAAUUAAGGAUUAUUCAAUCACAAAAUAACACUUUAAUAAUUAAUCAAGAAAAGAAUUUUCAAAUCAUUGAUAUUUUUUGCAAAAAUAUAUCAUCAUAUUGAUAUAAUAAUUUCCGAUAUAUAUCAGACUCCUAAGACCAAUUUUGCCAUCCCCACAUAGAAUACAUUGCAAUAAUUAAGAAAUUUCAUCACUAUGUAUUAUAAAAUAACUUUGCAUAAUUAAAAUUCACUGAAAAACUAACCCAUUAUAAUUGCAAUGAUCAGACCGAGCCUUUGAUUUAAUAUUGUCUGAUUCUGAAAUUCCAUUUUCACGACGACGAUUCUUUUUAUCCGUAUCUUUUCCUUCAAUUAAAUGAAAUACUUUAGAAAUAUUAAUUUCACAAUCAUCUUUAGGAGGUCUAACUAAACAUUUUUUGUUAGAUUCAGGUUCAGUUUCAAUUUCUGGAGGUUCUUCAUCUUUAGGUUUAAGUACUAAACAUUUUCUUAUUGGUAGAAUGUUUUUCUCUCGUUCAUAAAGGGGAGGAGAAUCGUCAUUUAGCGGUUUUAAUACCAAACACUUUUUGGGGAACACUUUAUCAGUCAAAUCGAGUCUCGGCGCUGAAAAUUUUUUAUCUGGGACUUUUUGAUCUGUUGUAUAUUUUGUUUUAUUUUCUACAACUAAUGAACUACUACUUCCAGUAUCAUUAUCAUCAUCAGAAUCAUAGUAAGGUACUAAUGUGUUAUAUAUUGUCAUUGGUUUAAUAGUAUUUAAAGAUACUACUGUUUUAUUACUAGAAUUCGAAGAUGGUUCAGACUGUUUUUCUUUUUGCUUAUGCUUCAACCUGAAUUAAAUAUAUAAUGUUUAGUAAAAUUCCAACAAAUCAUAAAAGAUCAUAAACAUAAAAAGCAAACCAAAGUAAAUGUUUUACAAUAUACUUACAGAUUACUAACAUUUGAAUUCCAUUUAUCAUAUAUUUGUCCUCUUUUGUCUUUAUUGUUAUUAUUUUUUUUUAUUCCAUUCAAUUGGAAUUGUUUUGUGACACCAUUACUCUUGUCUAUAUUUAGACACAAAAAUAUAAAAUUAUAAUAAAUAUAAAAGAAGUACCCAUUACUGCAAAUUUAAAAUACAUACUCGUGAAAAAUCCAUUUACUGGAGAUUUACAACUUGAAGUGGAUGAUACAGUUGAUGUCUUAUUUUCAAAAAUUGUAUUACCUGAAUUUACUAGUGGUUCAAGUUCAUAAAAUAUAAUAUACGAAUCAUUGCUUGUUGAAUAAUUUUUAAAAUUUGUCGCAUAAACCUUUAAAUAUAUUUAAAAAAAGCCUAUUAGACAUAAAUACAAAACCUUAGAUAAUAUUAUACAGAUACAUACAUUUGAGUCAUUAAAAUAAUAGUAUGAUCCAGAGGAGGUUAGUCCAAGAGCUGUAUAAUGUCCACUAUUUAGACUUGAACCGUAAUGUAUUACCAUCGAGACUAAAUGAUACUUCAAUGGUCGAGCAUUAGUUUUAAAUUUAUGGUGGUCAAAUAGAUAAUUGGAUAAAUCUAAUCGUUCAUUGAUUUGUAUAGGUUUACUGUUUUUAUUUCCACCAAAUCCACCCAUGCUAACGCUGUACCUGUAUGUUAAGUGGAAGAAAUUGAAGAUUAUUUUUGAAUAACAACUAUUAAAACAUAAUUUUAAAUGAAUUAAAUUUUACCUUUUUAACUGAAUACAUAAUACAUUAGGAGCUUUUUCAAUAGAAAACUUUUUAUCAGCAGCAACUUGCCGUCGACAUCUCUCACACACAUAUGAUUCAUCUAAAGGUUCUUGUUCAAAAUAAUUAUCUAAAGCGGCAUUAACAUUAUCAGAAUGCCUUAUAUCAAGAAUGAGAUCUUGGAAAUGUUGAAAUGUAGUCGAUAUGUGCCCACAUUUCCCACAAGUUACUAAAAUUAAAAAUUUAAAUUUAAUUAACAUCAAGAUUUAAUUUAAAAAAGUAGAACAUACCUUCAGUUCGGAUAUAACCACCAAAUAUUUGAUUAAUUGGUGUGGUUUCUUUAGAAUAAAUAUCUAAACUAAAUAAUUAAAUAAACAAUAUUAUAAUUAAAUUCUUUUAUGAUUUGUAAUUAUUAAUAAAGAUCAUGUAACUUACGAUUUAGCAGCAUGUCCUAAACCAGACAAAUAGCACCUUUCCAUACUUUCAAUGAGGUAACGUAGAAACUCAUGGGCAUCCUCUUGACGGUUUGUCGACAAAUGUUUACAUAUUACUGAAAAUUAAAAUAGUUAUUACUUGCCUAUAAACAACAUUAAUAAUAUUUUAAAUACACACAAGAUAGACGAUUAGUUAUAAUGGAUGCUUUAAAGCUCGAACCAGUUUGUUUUUGAGACAUUAAAAAUGUAUCGCUAACCAUACAGACAAUGCAAUCCUUUUGAAAUCCAUCUAACAUUAAAAUAAAAGUAUAUAUUAAUACAUUUAAAUGAUUAUACAGUAAUAAUAUAAUAAUAAAUUCAAUUCAAUAUUUAAUAAUAUAAAUAAAAUAUUAUAAUUCAUUUCAAAGUUAAAAAUAAAUCACCAAUGUAUAAUGAAAAAGUUUAAGUGUCAGCACUUGUUUGGGAAUUAAGGCUUUGAUAUUUUGCUUACUUUUUUGUUGACAAAUUUUUUGGUGUUGUUCAUCGUUCAUUAACCAAUUAGUAAAUGCUGGAAUAUGGAAUAAUGCCUGAAAAUAAUUAAAAACUAUCAAUAACCAAACACUAACAAUGAGUGAAUAUGAAAGUUAAAAACAUUUAUACAUACUUGCAAUGUAGAAUUGAUGUAGCAUAUUACACCUGAAUUAUCUAAACCAGAACCAACUGACAUUUUUUUAUCUUGCCAUCCGAGUUGUACACGUUCGGGAGGAAACAAUACAACUUUUGGUUUAGGUAAAUGUGAUAUUUUAUUACAAUCCCCAUUUAGCCUUUCAUUUUUUUUAAUUAUAUCUUUUUUACUACAACCAUUUUGUAAUAACAUGAUACAAUUGUUUUUCAUUUGUGAUAACAUGGAUGGUUUAUGUUCCAACAUUUCAAAUUCUAUAUUUUUAUCUAAAAUUCUACUUGUUGGUAUAUAUAAAUAACUAGAAUGAUCGUCUGCCACAGUAUGGUGAGUUCUGUGGUCAGUAACUUUACUAGAAAGUGAAUGAAAUAAGGCUGAACCUAUUUGAUUGCUGGCGGCUGGCAUUGUAAAUCCAACUCAUAAUUUGCGUAAUUGAAUUAUCUAAAAUUUAACAACACAGUUAGGUAUUUAUUAGUUACAUUUCUUAAAAAGUAAAAUUGUGUUAAGAAGAUACUACAAAUGCAUAUUUUGUCUUUGUCUUACAAAUGCACAACACUAUGACAUUGCAAGGUAUUUGCAUUCAGUAGGGACAAAUUUGGGCUUUUAGUUAUAAUUUUGGAGUGUACCAAUAAUUAUCAAAUUUAAAAGUAAAAACAUUCUCUUUUUUUUCUCGUUAUUUUAACUUAGAAGCAUGUUAUAAGAAGUUUUAAAGUGUACAUAAUAUAUCGCAUAUUUAUCUUGCUUAAAAAUUUUAAAACCGACAAAAAAUAAAAUGUUCUUACAUUUAAGUUUGAUAGGUCAAUGUAUUUUGUUCAUUCUAAUAUUGAAACUAACAACACAAAGUCUGCUCAACUCAAAUUUGCUAUAGUGUAUGUUUGUAAGACGUAGACAAUAAAUGCAUUAUGUAGCUUAGUAUACUCUUAAGCAUUUUUGUGUUUAACUUGAAAAAUUGUGUUUACUUAUCAAUAAUACUAACAUUAACAGAAUCUACAAUGACUAUAAUAUAUUUACCUAACUCAUUUGUAUACUUGCAAUACCUAUUUCAGAUAAAUAUAAAAAAAACUGUCCUAGAAUGAGAACGGGUGCAGUUACUGUUGGAAAUUGGGAAGCUACGGUAUAGAUGGGAAUUUAAUGUAUAUCUGUACACAACAUGAUUAAUCAUUGUUAACGAAAAUAUGAUUCUGAGCAGAAUUAGGUUGAUAGUGUUGCUUUAUCAACAAUAUUAAAUCAUAGUAUAAUAGUUAAAAAUAAAUUUAACAUUUUUUUUAUUUUAUAAUAUUUGUUUAAUAUUGUACCUUUUUCCCCGUUUUUUCUCAAUUUUUCUAAGUUUUUCAAUUUGUUGGAAAAUUCUUAAAAAAAAAAAAAAAAUCAAAAAAUGACUUUCCUAGAGUACCACCCCAGUUAGAUUUUCUUUCAGAAAAAUGUUAUCAUUGUAAAUUGGAUCAAAAUUUCUGGAAGAAAAGUUGUCAACAAAAAAAAAAAUAAACAUUAUUGUAAAAUCAAUACAUUCCAUUCAGAAUCUGAAAUACAAACAGGCAGUCUCACAUGUAUAAUUUGGCCAUAUACCUACCUAAUAUUAUUCAUAAAAUUAAAGCUGCGAUUUCAAUGCACUUUGCAGUAUUUUGAAUUUUUCAAAGCUUGCUUUGUCAAGUUUUGUUACAAAUUUCACUUUAUUUUUAUUAAAUAAGAGUAAGACAUUUUUUAUAUUUUAAGACAAUUUUUUUCAUUUUUUAGAGCUUUAUUUAUUUUAUCCUUUUUGGGGGUUUUAAGGAGCACACUACAUUCCCAGACCUUAUUGUAAAUAAAGCUUAUCAAUAGUAUUUGGUCCCAAAAAAAUAAUGAAACCAAAGAACAUGAGUGCAAAACUAAUGAUAAUUCAAAUAAAUUUUACAAUUAAACAGACAUAGUAGCAAUAAUAAAGGGUAAAAGGAUUGGAUGGGCUGAGUAUAUUUGGCACACAGAAGAAAAACUGUUAAACAAAAUAACUUCUUGGGUACAGGAUAAGAAGAAGCCCUAGGGACGACCUAGACAGCAGUGGCAUGCUCAAAUACAUGAGAACCGGAGUUUGAUAAGAGUAGAGAAUAAUGGGAAUAAGUGGUAAUUGCGGCUAAUGGGCUAAAUGAUUAGUAUUAUGCUAUUUAAAAAAAAAUAAAUAAAUUGAUAAUUUUAUAAUUUGUAGGUAUAUCUGGUUUUAUAUUAAUAGAAACUAAAGAAUAAGGUAAAUAUUAUAUAUGAUUAUGUGUGGUUAAAACACUUUUUAUAAAACCUACUUAAAUUGUUUAAAGCUUAUAAUAGAUAAAUAAAUAGUUCAAAAAUUAUUUUCAUAUCAAAUUUAAUGAUAAAAGUUAUGGGUAAAUUAUUGUACUUUGAUGAAUCUGGUAUUUUUCUACGAUUUUAUCAACCAAUCCAAACAUUGUUUAUUCAUUUUAUUGUAUAGUAUAUACAAGUCAUGGUUCAAUCACCAAUUCUAUUAUCUAUGCUCUAUUUUACGUAAGUACACAAAUUUCAACAGAAUAUUAUUUGUCGAUGACGUCCAUAUGGAAAAUCGAUAAUUAGUCAUAAUGCUCAUUAUAAAAAAAAAAAAAAAAAAAUCGGUCUAAGGUACACUCUAUGGAUACGACAUAUGUACCGAUUAUAUUUUGAUAAAUAAAAUAUGUAUUGGGGCCACGCACGUUUCAAACCAUAUAAAACCGCUUUGUUGUCGGUUUAACCGUUAUAAAAGAUGUGCGAUAAAUCCGGAUGAAUUAUUAAUAUAAUAGCAUUGGGCAUUAGAGUCUCUUUCAGAAGUUUUGUCGUUGUCGGCGAACCGUGAGCGAUGAGGACCCGAGGCGCUAUUAUCACAUGGUCAACACGAAGGCGAAGGCGGCACAAGGUUAGGUAUGCAUAGAAUAGCCGUGAAUGUAGGUACGUCAUAUUUACGAGAUACCUACAACAUCCGAAAGUGACGAUCGCUCGAGAAUUUCGGCGCAGAGCUGAUUGAUCAUGUCAAGUUUGCAUUAGCUGGCGUAAAUGGACGGAUUAUUAUGAACAUGCCGUGCCGUUGUCCAACCAGCCACUCGGCGAAAUCGCGCCAAAGUUCCCCCCCAAAAAAAGACGACACUUAGUGUGCACAGAGCGACAGCACAAAGGUAUAAAAUGUAUACAAUAUUGGAUAUAUCGAACGACAUAAUAUUGUACUAGACAUACCAUGUUUUAUUGUUUUAUAUUAAUGUUUUUAUUUUUUUUUACUCACGUUGAAUCCAGGGCAGCAGAAAUGUGUUGUGUAAUUGGUCUGUCGUGUUCAUGUAUAAAACUAUGAAAGUAAAAAAAUUAUAAAUAAAUAACUAUAAAAUACACUUUGUAUACUAUGUUGUUACGGUAUAGGAGUAAAAAUGAAAAUAAUAAAAAUUAAUUAAUUAUAUGUAUUACACAGAGGGACUGCAGACUUCACCGAUUUUUUCCGACUGUAAAAUAACCUGAAAACAUGUCCAGAUUCACAGAAGACAGGAGCCGCCUGUGAGCAGACACUGUACGGCAGAACUGCACGGAAUCCUAUUGCGGGUAGCCAACUGUAGCCAAUCAACACAGGUCAUCGUCGUGGAAAUCAUGGCAGAGAAAAACGACACCAGUCUCGGAAGUCUUGUUCAAAGUGAAACAAAAACAUGUUCAUAUCCUUAUCGUUAAAUGCGGUGUUUCGACAUGACAUUUUUCUAUGCUCAUUUCGCGUUGUAAAACGAUAAUUCCUACGGUACAAAAACUACAACGCUGACGACGUAUUACAUCAUGCACGUGAUCCACUCUUCCAUGAAAUGACGUCAGACAACCAAGAAUUUUAAAGUAGAAAAAUGUUAAAUGAUACGUAUCUAUCAGAGAUAAAUAUUAUUGUUUACCAUUGAGAUAGAUAAACAAUUGUUUAUCAUAUUUAUUUCUUGUAUUGUAUAUUUAUUAUUUAUGGUUCCCGUACAAUUAUUAAUUAGAACGUUCAAGAAAUAUUCAUCAAAAAUCAUACCUAUUCGUACCAGGAUUAUUGGAUUAACCAACUUCGAUAAAUGCUGUUCCGUAUCAGGAGUGCCUAUCAAUGAAUCAACGAUCAAUAAUAACAGUCUACUAUCAUAUAGUAUUCUUAUUUAUUUUAUAGUUAGUACCACGAUUAAACAUUUUUAACUUGUGUAUUAUUUUAUUACCAUUGAAUUUAUACCAUGGACUAAGAUAUCAAUUUGUUAAUAGGUCUAUGCUUGCUAUUUAGAACUUCAUGCAAUUGGCGCACGUAAAGAUUGAUUGUGUUCGUUCUUUACUCUUUUACCAGUCUAUAGUACCGUGCAUAUUGUUUACAAUUUUUUUGUUGGACGUUUUCACUGGCAGUAUCUGUUAAAAGCAUUGUUUUAAUAAAAUUGCAUUAUAACGUUAUGCACCUACUGGAUUGUUUUAAUUAUUUUUAGUUAAAUAUAUAGACAAUUUUUACCACGAAACAAAAAAUAAACCAGUACAGCAUACAAACUGAUUUCGGAGGCGAAAGUACCAGCGAUGUCAGUUGAUUAUUUUUAUUUUACUAUUUCUCAACAUUAUAGCUAGUAUUAUUUUCAGAGUGAUACAUUUACGUCCAUUCAAUAUUUACCAGCUGUGAAAGGCGAAACUAAAAAAAACAAUAUAUUGAAAAAACAGAAAAAAAAGUCUAUUGCAUAAAGUUCUAAGUUCUAUUGCAUAGAAUAUUAUAUUUAUAUUUAUUUUUAUAUUUUAGACAAAUAAUUUCUACAAAACCAUAUUGGAUAAAUCUGUUACACCAGCAAGGGAAAAUAAAGCGGAGAUCAAUCUGAUGUAUAUACAACAAAAUGAACGAAACUAUGUGUGGAUGAAGUCAAUUGACAAAAAUGAUACAAAUUAUUGCGUCAUACAUCACUAUAAGAUUAAGAUAUAGAAAGGGCUACACCUAAUGAAUAGUAUUUUGAAAUUUAACUGUAUUAAAAUAUAGUUAUCUAUUAAAUUUUUAUAAAUUUUCAAAUAGAAAAUUUCAAUUUGCUUAAUUAAAUUAAAAACAUAUAAAAAUGGCUCUUAAGACCAAAAUAUAACAAAAAUGAAUAAGGCGAUUCAGACAGGAUUAGAGAGGUUCACAAAUGAUCCACUAACUACUAUUAGCAAUUAUAAAGUAUAAAAUUUAAAUAUUUCUAUUUCUUCAAACAAAAAAAAUUUGAAUACUAUUCUAUUUUCAUUAUUUGACAAAAAUAUUAAUAUAAAAAUGAAUAUUUGAUCAUUAUUUUAUUUAUAUUUAUUAUAUUUUAACUGGAAUAUUUAUCCAAUUAUACCUUAUAUCAGUGGUCUUCAUCCAAUAGGUUGCGUAAGCUUUCUUUUUAAAAAAUUUAAAUUAAGUUUAUACCACUAUAUAAGGUAUACAAAUAAUUGUUUAAUUAUUAAACUUAAAAAAUUAAUAAAUAAAAAUACAUUUUAAAAUUAAUUGUAAUAUAUUAUUUAUAAACAAUAUUAUAUAAUUUAUAUUCUAUAAUAUAAUAUUAUAAUGGAUAUCAAAUCACAGUAAAUGUUUCAUAUAAUAGUUUGAUUCUACAUAGUAUAAUAUUAAAUAUAAUAAUUUACGAGUAAACCGUGCUAGUUAUAAAAUUAAUAUAUUAUAUUGUUAUUGUUAAAGAGUCCUAUUACCUACAUACAUUAUCGAUGUUGUUGCUGUGUUUGAAUGAAAUAUUAUAAAUAUUAGUGGCUUUAUGUUUCUAGUUAUAUUUAUAAAUUCAUUAAAAAGUUUGUUUUUCGUUUAUUUCGUCAAUAUUGAAGUUUUCUAUUAUUUCAGUUAUAAUAGUACUAUUAAAAAGUAUUAAGUAAUAUUAGUUUUUUUUUCUGUAUAUGAAACGUGUUGUACACAAUCUUGUCUUUGUUUUAUAUAUUAGUAUGUACUCAUCUUAUAUUUAUGCUUAUUAUUUUAUACUCUUGUUAGAUUAGAAAUUAGACUACUCCUAUCAUCUGGAACUAUACUAUAGAGUAACUUAUUAGACUGAUUAGAGUAAUCUUUCACAAUAACAAAUUAAUUGAACUGUUAGGUAGGUAGGUACUAUAAUUAUAUUAAAAAUUAUUUUUCUAAAAUUCUAGGUAAUACUAAAAUAUAAAAUAAGUAUAAAAUGAUUCUAUAGAAACAUUAGAUUAGGUUGAAUGUCCCAAGGUACACCUAAAUAAUAAAAUCAUUUUAAACUCAACUGCAUUUAAUGUGAUUAUGAUUUUUCUUGUACUGUUUCAUAAUACAGAAGAAUAGAAAAAAAAAAUGUUUCUGAUUUUUUUUUUUUUUAUAAAAUUAUAACUUUUACAGAUGUGAUUACAGUAUGUGAUACAAGUGUGAUUGAAAUAGAGGGUCACCUCAACUAUCAAUUGGUUUCAGUUAUCUCGACUAAUACGACGGGUAACUAUUUUGGUAUUCUGUUACCCACCGUCAUGAUUUGUUAACAAAUUGGAGUUUAUUUUUAACUAAAAUCAUAAAUAAAUUCGCACUUGAUUAACAAUUAUUUUUGGUUGAUUUUUGACUUUAAACGUAAACACAUAAUCAUGUUUAUGUAAAAGUAGGUAUAACUCGCUACAAGUAUGAGCUCAGGAUUUUUAACCGAAAAUAAACCCACUUUUGUUAGAAAACUCAUGUCAAGUAGGUAACAUGGCUUUACCUGCUCAUGUCGGACUUUUAACUGAAAACAAAUAGCCAAAUUUGGGUACGUGUAGUGUUGAGAUAAUUGGCAAUCGUAGGUGGUAAUCAAACAAUUUUAUUGUAAGGGUGGG